AUGAGCGAAGAAUCAGGAGCAGAAGCGGGAUCGGACCAACGGUUCCUGCCGUACCAUGAGCCAGGCGUUGUCGACAUCUUGAUCCUAGUGUCUUUUUUCACCUUCCUCUGGCUGGCCGAGUACAUCUCGACCAAGUUCAUCCGAGCUGGGCUCAUUGGCCUCAUAGCCGUAGGGAUCAUCUACGGUCAACCUCUUGCGAACAUCCUGCAACAUGACUGGCAGGAGACGUUCCUCUACCUAGGCUACAUCGGCUUGAUCCUCAUCAUCUUCGAAGGCGGCCUGACAGCCCGUCUAGAUCUCCUACGGGCCAACAUCGGGCUCAGCACUGCGGGUGCCGCGACCGGCGUCACUUUCAUCAUAGGAGCCGCACUAUCAGCCACGAGUCUGGGAACGACAUUCGCAGUCAUAGCUGGAGCUUCGAAGACCGUGGAUUUGAGCCAAACACGAGUUGGCGCUGUCCUGGUCAGUGCCGCUGUUAUUGACGAUGUCACGGGCCUGGUCAUGUCCAGCGUCAUCCACGACUUGGGCGAUAUCUCGAGUGGCGGCGAGAGCCUGGGUUGGCUCAUCGGGCGACCUAUCCUCGCUUCUGCGGCUAUGGCUAUUCUGACGCCUUUGCUAUCGAAGUUUGCGCUUGCGCCGUUCUUCCGGAAGUUCCUUGAGCGGCGGUUUGCGAAUACGUACCUCUUCACCGCACCAACAUGCGGAGCCGGGACUUCCGUAUUGUUCGGAGCAUUCCUCGCAGGAUCCUUUCUGUCAUACCUGCCAUCCAAGCACCCCGAAGGACCCUUCGUGGUGCUGGACAGGGAAGAAGGAGAGAGGAACAAGGACAAGAGCCCGACGUUCAUCCAUACCUUCGAGUACUACUGCCUUGAGUUCCAGAAGUUCGUCCUUGAGCCGCUCUUCUUCGCCAGCAUCGGUUUCGCCAUCCCGUUCCUGGAUCUCUGGACCGGUAGCGCCAUCUGGCACGACGUCGUCUACACACUACUUAUGCUCACUAAAUUCAUUGUUGGGAUAUGGAUUCCGAUCUGGGCUUCAUUUACGAAACCUUCUGCGCAACCGGCUGGUGAAAUCAGCGGCAGUCGUAUGGAAAACGCGGUCUCGGGCGACGAAGAGGAUCCAUCAGCGGCAGCGCAAACAGCAGGGCGCGCGGCGCAAUUGAAGGCCGCGAUAUCGCCUGGACUCUUACUCGGGAUGGCGAUGGUGGCUCGGGGGGAGAUUAGUCUGCUGAUAGUGGAGAUCGGAUAUAAUAACACGCCGUAUGUCUCGCGGGCUGGCUUUCUGACGGCGAUAUGGGCUACACUACUGAAUACGAUAUUGGGUCCUAUUGCUGUUGGCUUGCUGGUUAAGCGGAAUGGGGAAGCUAUUGGGAAGGGUGAUUGGGGGCUUGUGAAGGGACCGAACCAGGAAAUGGAAGAGAGCCGAAAUGGGGGCGCUUGA